GACGGUCAUGCGCUUAAGCAGCUAAAUUGUUGGAUGUUAUUUAAAAAGGAUUUUCACAAAGAAAUGACUAAGAAUAAUAAGAAUAAUAACCUUUAUCAGCAAAUAUGCGAUGAAUUUAACAUCCCAGGCAAGGAACGUGUUCACAUGGUUGGAGAUCUAGCGCGAAAGUAUUGGAAUGAAAUGGAGGUAAUCCGAGUUCAAUUUAAAUACCUUGCCGAUAAGGUAAAAGAUGAAAUGAAACAAUAUCCAAUUCGUGGUACCCCUAAAAGAAAACCAAUUAGACGUGACCCUGACAAAGUUUUUGUGCCUUACGAAGAGGAAG